GCCUAGGCGUGGGGUGCGGGAACCACCGAGCAAAUAAUCUCCCGGCACAUCCCCGGGAGGUGGAGGCGGCCCUCACCCAGCCAACCAACCAAUUCCCCCCCGCGCAGAUAGAGCUGAGCCGCGGCCUCGGGUGCCCCGUAUAGCAACUGGGGAGGAGCGGGGCUGGGAAAUGGCGGGAGCCGGGGACGCCCCCUGCCUCCCGCCUGGGUUACUCCCCGGUAUCCGCCGCCUGAGCCCGGUGCUGCUCCUCCCCACGCCCCUCUUUCUGUUCCCGCCUUAGUCCUUAAUGCCCCUCUCCUCGCGUGAUAGGGCUUGUGCCCUGUGCCCCCAUCCUCCAUCGCCACCUGCACUCCGCUGCCCAGCGCUCCCCCCGUGUGUAUUGUGCCGAUGCCGGGCAGGGCGUAUGCAGCAGCCACUACCACACUACCCCCCUCUCGUUACAUGUCACACAGGGCCGCGUGUAUGUGCAGGGAGCCGGGUGGGAGAGGAGUAUGCGGGGUAAUAAUGCCCGCAGCUGCAGGAGAAGAAACUAUCAUAUGUAUACGUGUGUGUUCCAGAAAGCAGAGUCUGACUUGGAUUACAUUGAACAAAAACUGGAGUUUGAAAUAAGGAAAAGCCUCCCUGAGGACUCCUCAGCACAGGAAAAUCCCACCAAAUUACUGGAGCAGUUGGCAAGUGUCAAAUCACGAUUUAAGUCUUUGUCCUCACAACUGGAUAAGAUUGCUGCAGACCAGCAAAAGUCAGUUGAGCGUAUUCAGACAACUAUUGCAAACACAAUGAAAAUGGUGCAGCAUUUACAACAGCAAACAGAUUUUCAGGUUCCUCCAUUCUCUGAGGAGGAACUUCGUGCACUCCAACAAUUUGAGACACUGGCAUUGAAGGGCAUAAACUUGCAGUGAACAAGUGUUUUUAAGCCACAAGAAUCGCCAAGGAUUGCUGAGGAGGACAGAACUCUGUAGAACUGAAUACUGUAAAUGGAUUAUCUACACAAGCUUCAUUAUGCAGUUACUACCCUUUAUAAAAGGUCAUGUGACGGAACUCUCACCAUUGGCCCUACAUUUUCUAUAGAGGACAACUCUUCACUUCUGUGACUUUGUAUUUGUUUAUCAAAGAAACAAUGGCUUAGGUUUCAAGGAGAAAAUGCUCAACAAACACCAGCUUGCAAAUGCAAGACCUAGUUUAGCAAUCUAUCUAGCAUUCCGAAGUACAGAUUUCUGGGAAGGGUGCUUUUUGGUUUUUCUCCUAAAAUAGUAUGGUGCUACAAUUUUUAUUAUAAAGAAUUAUAGUAACUAUGCAAAAUGUUUUUAUAUUAAAGACAUUAAUGUAUAAAAUUGAAGGUUUCCUUCACUUUUGCAGUGGAAAAAAAGCAUAAAUUGUUUGGUAUAUAAUUAUAAGAAAAAAUAAAGAACAACCCUUUGUGUUA